UCACUCCGAAUAAUUACUCCUAAACCUUAGUUCAAUCAGUCUCUAAUCUCCGCCGGCUUCCCCAGCCAAAGCCGCCGAGUAAAUCGCGCGAAGCCUUCGUCGAAGGCGCUCUUUUCUUUUUCCACUCGCUUUCUCUCUCUCUCCUCAAACCCAACACCUUCUAAAAUUCAGCUCAAAUGCAAUCCAAAUAAAUCCCCAAACCCAAAUGAACCCGAAAUUGUCGUCCCCCACCACCACCCUCCCUUAUCUCUCUCUCGCACACCCAAUCCUCUCUCUCAUCUCCCUUACCUCCGCCCCCUAGCCGCCUUCUCCUUCUCUCUCCUCCCAAUAACAAUCAGCUCUAAAACCCCACUACUCUCUCUCUCUCUCUCUCUCACCUGGAGGCCUCGUUCCCUCUGUAUGGGAUGACGGAUUAUCGCUUAUCAUCGACGAUGAACAUGUGGACCGACGACAACACUUCCAUGAUGGAGGCCUUCAUGACGUCAGAUCUGACCUCCCUCUGGCCGCCGCCGCCGCCGCCUUCGUCUUCCACCUCCACGUCAAUCCACCUCCCGCCGCCGCAGCCAAUCGCGCCGUUCAACCCUGACACCCUCCAGCCGCGUCUCCAGGCCCUGAUCGAGGGCGCCAGGGAGAACUGGACCUACGCCAUCUUCUGGCAAUCCACCACCAACGACUUCCCCGGCGGCCCCGGUCCCGUCCUCGGCUGGGGCGACGGGUACUACAAAGGCGAGGAAGACAAAGGCAAGCGCAAAACGGCGACGUCCUCAGCCGAAGAGCAAGCGCACCGGAAGAAAGUCCUCCGCGAGCUGAACUCUCUAAUCUCCGGCGCGUCCCCGUCUGAGAACGACGCCGUUGAUGAAGAAGUGACCGACACCGAGUGGUUCUUCCUCGUCUCGAUGACGCAGUCGUUCGGGCCGGGGUCCGGGCUCCCGGGCCAGGCCAUGUACAACUCCUCCCCGAUUUGGGUCGCUGGAGCCGAGCUCCUCUCAGGCUCUCACUGCGAGCGAGCCCGGCAGGGCCAAGUGUUCGGUUUACGGACCAUGGUCUGCAUACCCUCGGCUAACGGCGUCGUCGAGUUGGGUUCGACCGAACUGAUUUUCCAGACCUCAGAUCUGAUGACCAAGGUUAGGGUUUUGUUCAAUUUCAACGAUACGGAUAUGGGUUCAUGGACUGUCCCGGCCGAUCACGCCGAGACGGAUCCGUCGUCUUUUUACUUAACCGAUCCUUCCCCCUCUGUAGUCGAGCUCAACAUCACUCCCGCGAAUACUAUGAUUCCUCCUUCCAAUCCCCAUUUAUCGAAGCAACCCACGUUUGGUUCGAGUACUUUGACAGAAAACGCUAGCUCGAAUCCCCACCAGAUGCAGUCCCAGAGCUUCUUUACUAGGGAAUUGAAUUUCUCCGGAAACGAUGGGAUUAGUGGUGCUAGGAAAGGGAAUUCGCACUCGUGCAAGCCGGAAUCGGGUGAGUUACUGAGUUUUGGGGAGAGUAAGAGGAGUAUUACGGCAACAUCGAACGGGAAUGGGAAUCUGUUUUCGGGUCAGUCGCAAUUUGAGGAGGAUAAUAAUAGGAAGAAAAAGAAAUCUCCCACUUCGCGCGGGAGCAAUGAGGAGGGGAUGCUUUCGUUUACUUCGGGUGUGAUUCUGCCGUCUUCGGGGGUGGUGAAAUCGAGCGGCGGAGGGGGAGAUUCGGAUCAUUCGGAUUUGGAAGCGUCGGUUGUUCGGGAGGCGGAUAGUAGUAGGGUGGUAGACCCGGAGAAGAGGCCGCGGAAACGAGGGAGAAAGCCAGCGAACGGGAGAGAAGAGCCAUUGAAUCAUGUCGAGGCGGAGAGGCAAAGGAGGGAGAAGCUCAACCAGAGGUUUUACUCGCUUAGGGCUGUAGUUCCUAAUGUUUCGAAAAUGGACAAGGCUUCACUACUUGGUGAUGCGAUUGCGUAUAUCGAUGAGCUGAAAUCCAAGCUGCAGGCGUCAGAGUCGGACAAGGAAGAGAUGAAGAACCAGAUGGAGGUAAUAAAGAAGGAAUUGGCUAGCAAGGGGGCACCUCCACCAGAUCACCAAGAUUUGAAAAUGUCAAACCACCACGUGAUGAAACUGGUGGAUGUGGAUAUCGAUGUCAAGAUAAUCGGGUGGGACGCGAUGAUUCGAAUCCAGUCUAGUAAGAAGAACCAUCCCGCGGCUAGGCUGAUGUCGGCGUUGAAGGAGUUGGACCUUGAUGUGCACCACGCGAGCGUGUCCGUUGUGAACGAUUUGAUGAUCCAACAAGCAACGGUGAAAAUGGGGAGUAGGUUUUACAGGCAAGAGCAGCUUAGGGAAGCCUUGUCCGCUAAAAUAGCCGAUGCACGAUAGUGUAUUUGUUAAUGUGUAUCGAAUUGAUCUUCGUUAGAUUUUUUCUUUUAGUAUAGUUUUUGAGUUUUGAGGAGUUUUGAACAUGAGAAGAGCUGGGGGAAAAUUCUAGCUUUUUUCUUACUUUUGGUGCCCUGAUUGUUGUCUUUUUUAAAGUAUAUUACUUUGUGUAUAUAGGACCUGAAGCCUAUGAAUUUCUGGCUGCCUGUUCAUAUUAGUUACUAUUAUCUUGUUUCUUUAUAUAAUUGUUUAUGUCAUGUUUUCUUUA